AUGGUUCUCCUGUGGGUGCUGCUGCUUGGGAGCCUGUCCACCUUUAACGUGGGAGUCUUCAUGUGGGCUGUCAUUCGGCACUUUGUCAGUGUGAGAAUCCCCUCAGCCUUGCAGCAUCCCAUCAAAUUCAGAUUUCUGCAUUGUGUGGCACUGUACAUAAUGGCUCUGGGAAAUAUAUUACAGAAACUGAGAAUUUGCUCCAUGCCCAGAUUCAUCCAGUUUUUCCAUGAUACACUAGUCAUAAAGAAGAACCAUAACUUGGUAGUGACCAACUUGAAAUUUGGGACCAUCCCAGUGAGACUGUUCCAGCCCAAGGCACUGUCCUCAGAGCUCCGGCGGGGCAUCAUCUUCUACCAUGGAGGGGGCACCAUAUGUGGCAGCCUGGACAUGUAUCACAACCUAUGCAGCUUCCUGGCCCAGGAGACCGAUUCGGUGGUGCUGUCAGUGGGGUACCGCAAGCUUCCUGACUACCAUCACCCUUGUGUUACUAUGGAUUGCCUGAAUGCCUCCAUUCACUUCAUGAAGGCCCUAACAACCUAUGGGGUAGACCCCUCCCGAGUGAUAGCCUGUGGAGAAAGUAUUGGAGGUGGGGCUGUGGCCAUUGUCGUCCAGACCUUGCUUAGCUACCCAAGUCUCCCAAAGAUCUGUGCUCAAGUUCUUGUUACUCCAGCUAUGCAGGUCAUCAAUUUUAGCUUACCAUCACAUCAGCAGAAUGAAAAUGUCCCAUUCCUCACCAAAGACAUACUCAUGUUGGCUAUGUGUGAAUACCUGGACAUUGACUUGUCCUGGAAAGAUGCAAUUCGUAAAGGUUCUUCUGUGCCCCCAGAUACCUGGAAGAAGUACAAGAAAUGGCUCAGCUCUGAUAACAUCCCCAGAAAGUUCAAGAGCAAAAGCCUUGUGCCUGAGUUUCCAGGGCCUUUCAACGAGGCUGCCUAUCUGGAAACCAAACAUGUUUUUGAUGCGGAGAUUUCACCUCUCCUGGUAGAUGACAAAAUCAUUGCUCAGCUUCCGAAGACAUUCCUGGUGAGCUGCGAGAAUGACCCUCUCCGGGAUGAUGCCUUGCUCUACAAGAAGCGCUUGGAAGACCAGGGGGUCCCUCUGAGCUGGUACCACGUGGAAGAUGGCUUUCAUGGAUGCAUCGUUUUGUUUGAUAAGCAGCCGUUCUCUUUCCCCUGCUCCACAAAAAUUGCAAAUGCUGUUGUCAGUUACAUAAAGGGCAUAUGA